AUGUUCCUGCCCCAGAUAUCUCUGCAGACAGUUACAUUUUUGGCAAUUCUUUUUUUUACCUGUUUUGCAAUGGGCCAAGACCUUGAAAACAGGAGGGCAGUGACCGAGCACCAGCUCCUGCACGACAAAGGGAGGGCGGUGCAGGGGCUGAAGCGGCUGAUGUGGCUGCAGCACGCCCUGGGCGCCGUGCACACCGCCAGCAGCAGGGACAUCCCGCUCCCAAACGCCAGCAAGAGCCAAGAUCCCUCCGAUUUCAACAGCAGCGAUGGAGAUGAGGCUUCCAGCCUGAUGAAGCAGCUGCUGGAACCGAUAGAAGCUCAGGGCUUCCUCCCACCAAAGCAGGUGGAUGGGAAGAUCUCAGAGGUGAUAACUCUCCAAGAGCUCUCACAGCAGCAAGAAAAGAGAUUCAUGAGGCCACCUGUGUCUCCUGAGAGGUACCACUGGAUUUUGCUGUUCACCUUUGAUAACAAAUUGAUCCUCUCUGUCUAA